GCUCAUGUGAUUCUGGGUCAUUUCGAUCAGGCUUUGUGAGGUCAUGACGUGUGUAAAUAACAUCACCUAAAUAGUAUCAGGUUGUGUCGUAGAAACGGUACAGGUAGUUUCUCAUGACCGUGACUCAGACAUCAGUAACUGUUUGAGAUGAUGUCACAAGUCAUAUCAUACCUGUCUCUCCAAGUGCAAUUUUCUGCUUCUUUUCCUAUUAACAUUGAGUACGAGAUAGACGUUAUCAGUUUACUUUAAUGGCAUGAGAAUUGAAUAUGACAUUCAUAUAAUGUGAAUAUGACGUUUAUAUAAAUGACAAAUUGAAAGACCUUCAAGUAUGGGAGAAAGCUGACAACGCCCAAAGCUGACAACGCCCUAAGCUGACAACGCCCUACCCAUUACCCCCUUGGAUACAUAUAUAGAUGUUCGUGGCAUAUGAGACCUUUCUUAGGAUACUGUCACACAUUGAUAGUUCAUGACAUUAUAAUCUGAAAUUAUUCUAAGAUAAAUUCGGAUUAAGACACCAGGUAGCAGAACACAUAAACCUACCACCUUCCAGCUACAAGGAUAAAGGCAGAGACCAAGCGAUGUGCAGCAAUUCGUAACAGCGGAGCUCUAACUUUCAGCUGCUAGCAUUCACGCCAAUCUCUGAUAAAGGUAUCUUCAUUACUGCUGUCAAGAAGGCAUAUUAUUUAAGUGUCAUUUGGAAAGACCUUCACAAUUUCCUGAAGGACAAUGGAAUAUAAAGGCGGAGAGGUACCAGCUUCUUCCCUGAAGAGAGUUCAUGUUUCUCACUGUGACACACCUUUCACUGGAGGUGCUUCGCAGAAACAAUUAAAGGACUAUUUCAAAUGUAGGAAAGUAAUGGGAAAUGUUGAAAAAGAAGAUUCACCAAAGAAUGAUCAUCUGUAUCGAACACCCAAAUGGAAUAUGUUACCAUGUAGUAUUAACCCAACAAAUGAUGUGACGUCAUUGACCCAUGCAGGUGUUCAUCGACCGUUUAUGAAUGAACAAAAUCAAUCUAAUCCCAGUAGUAUUAUUCCACCAUUCAAGGACAGAGACCAUGAUGAAGUAAACAAAGCAAUGUUGCCUCAUUUACCUCAGGCUGGUGAGGAAACAUGUAAUGAUGUGUCAGACACAUGCUUGAAUAUCAAAAGAGAAAAUUCUCAAAGAGGUAUUUACAUGUUUGUUCCAAAGUCUCCAACACCAUCAAUGGCAGAGCGCUAUAUUUCUAUUGAGAAAACUCAGUGUGAGGAACUAAGGGAGAUAACUCUGCCUUCAAAGGUGGCAUUUGUGUACAACCCAUUAGAAUAUGCUUUUGAACCUCAUUACAACUUUGUUGAGAAGUUCUGCAACUCAAAGAAGAAGAUCCUGUUCCUUGGUAUGAAUCCUGGGCCAUGGGGAAUGUCGCAGAAUGGGGUACCAUUUGGUGAAGGCAGUAUGGUGAGAGACUGGCUGAAGAUAUCUGGUGCUGUUCUCAAACCCUGUCCCGAACACCCCAAACGUCUGGUGACCGGACUCAACUGUACAAGAUCAGAGGUUUCUGGUCGAAGGUUUUGGGGUUUCUUCCGAGACCUGUGUGGCAGCCCCGAGACUUUCUUCACCAACUGUUUUGUGUACAACAUGUGCCCAUUUGCUUUCAUGAGUGAAACCGGCCAAAACAUCACCCCACCACAGAUUGAAGCCAAGACCUUGCAGAGGAUCAACACUGCGUGUGACAAAGCUUUGCUGGAAGUAUUAAACCUUCUAGACAUUACCACCAUAGUCGGUGUUGGGAAAUUUGCAUAUAAACGUGCAAGGACAGUUUUAGGGGUAAACAGGAUUGACGGUAUUCGUAUCGAGUGUAUCAUGCAUCCCAGCCCUAUCAACCCAGCUGCCAAUAAAGGAUGGAGCGACAUUGUCAGCAAACAGCUGCAGGAACUGGAUCUAAUGGACACUAUUGUAAAUUAG